GUAGUUUGCAGUCUGCUGUCAACUCAGCCCCGCCCUCCCCAGCAGCUCCACGAGGACGCUGCUCUCCUCUGCAGUCUGCAGUCACUCCUGAGGAGCCCGUCAGAGUGCAGCACACUGCAGUCUCCAUCACUCCUCCUCCUCCUCCUCUUCUUCUUCCUCCUCCUCCUCCCUGCGCUCCCCUGGCAGGUGGAACACACGCACACGGGGCCGGGACAAUGGAUUUUAUCUCAGUCUUCGCUGUGCUGGCCUUAGUGGCCUCAGCUGAAGGAAAUGUUGGGCCAAGUACCAACAACAGCUUUUGCACAGAAUCAAAGGAAUGUCUGGAGUAUGAGCUUGUCUGCAAAACAGACGAGUAUGAGGUGCGACACUACAGCCCCACUCGCUGGGUGUCCACAGACGCUGAAGCUUAUUUCAUGGGUGUCGGAGCAGCCAUGGCUUUCAGAAGACUUUUCCAAUACAUCACUGGAGCGAACGAAGGAGGUAUCCAGAUGGAGAUGACUGCCCCUGUCCUGGUGAAGAUCCCAGAGGAGACCAAGAUGUGGGAGCCAGCUGUCUACACGCUCAACUUCCCGCUGCCGUCAGCCUAUCAGGAGAAACCGCCUGCACCCACCAGUGACAAGCUGUAUUUCACAGAGAUGCCAGAGAUGGACGUGUACGUGAGGAGUUAUGGAGGCUGGAUGCUAUCAGUCACCUCUAGGCUUCACGCUCACCUACUGACCAAAGAGCUGGAGAGAGUCCGAGCUCCAUAUAACCACAGCUUCCACUAUGGAGUCGGAUAUGACAGUCCUUUGAAGCUGUUGAACAGGCACAAUGAGGUGUGGUACAUGGCCGAGGGGGAGCCAGUCUGCACUGAUCCACAGGAACCAACACCCCCACACACCCCUAGGCCGACCCUCACCCACUCACCCACAGACUCUACUUCUGACCCACUCCCACACACCCUCUCUGACUCUCCCGCACUUACCCCCUCCAUCCUCUCCUCCAACUUCUCCUCCAACUUCUCCUCCAACUUCUCAUCCACAUCCAACUCCUCCUCUCAAACACCCCCUGACACCACUGCUCUCCCCACAUCUAACGCUCCAUCCAGUCCCUCAACCACCCUACCUGCUGAACCUGCUUUCAGCCACCCACCCACCUCUGCCCAGAUCCUGCUCGCCUUGAUAAAUAACUCAUCAGAUCCGGUCUCUGUGAGCCCGUCUUUGGAGCAGCAGUCUGAUGCUCCCCUGUGGAACAGCACAGCCCAAAGCCCUGUGGACACACAAGACGACAGUAACCCUGUGGUCGAGCCCGAUGACGCUCAUUAGCAUUAGCAGGCAGGUUUGAUUUAAGCAGCUAUUGCAGGUAUAGUCAAAAGCAAUCUAAUGUGAAUGUGUGUGAUUGAAGGUUAAAGCUGUUCUCAUCUUUCAUAUCUCCCUAUUUCCAUAAAUCACAAAAAAUGACCUUAUAAAACAUAAUGUAUAAAUAUAUGUUCUAUCACAGCUUUGCACCUGCAGCCUCCUGGAGGCAAACACACAUCUGUCCACUGUGUCUUUCUGAAAUGCUCACAGAGCUGCAGUAAAGUGUACAUGUAUGUAUCAGUUUGAGAGUGAGAAUUCAAUGUUAGGGGUUAAAAAAACAUGUUUCAUCACAACACAAUAUUUUAUUGACAGUAUGAUAUAUUUGCUGCAUUUCCAAAGUCUACCAAGAAAGGAUUUUGAUUCAAUUCAGGGGCCUGCCAUCAAUAAAAGAUAUCAUAGCCCAAUUUAAAACGGCCAAAUCUGCCAACUUGCAAUGUGGCAUGCUAGGAUGUUUAUGUUUUGUGCUGCAUUAAUUAGAGCUUGAGAGCUAGUACACCUAAAUGCUGAUUGAGAGAAGAGGUUUUUUUAUUGGGCAGAAUCAGAAUCAGAAAUACUUUCUUGCAGAAGAAGUCAAAUGUUAGACAAAAUGGCACGAGUAAGAAAAUGUCGGCAGCGUCAUGUUCCAGUGACAUGGACUACUCACAACAGCUUAAAAACAUCCAAUCUCAUAACUCAUUUGAAAAACAGACAUGAAGAAUUACAAAGAAAAAACAACUGUAUGAGAAUCAACAAUCGGCUAAAUUGUUAUUUUAAACACCAGUAUCAGUCUGGAUUUUUCCAUAUCAGAGCAUCUCUAGUUAUAUUUAAAUAAAAAUCCCAAACAACAUCUGAGAUAUGAUUUGCUGCUCAUUUUUCCAGAUUUUGAAAUACUAAAAAUUUGUUGUUUUUUUUAAUCUGGAAAAUAAAUAUAGAAAUAUCAGUGUGCCUAUAAAUAAGUCUGUCACUGUGGUUACAGCUUUCGAUUUGAAAUAUUGAUAUUAAAAUGUAGAUUUGAUAAGAUGCUUAUUUCAAGUUUAACCCUAAAAUACAUUUAGAGACGAACAAGUCUUCAAUGGUUAUCUGUGUUACGGGUUAGCAGAGUAGAUCCGAAAGAGUAAGAGGAAACAUAAUAGUCAUAAUGUGUUCUAUCCAUUGUUGUUAAAAGAGUUGGAUGCUGUAAUAUUUAAAGUCUCUGUCCAUAGUUUCAGGAACUAACAUCUCUAGAGCUUCUACUCUCUGUUUAGCUUCAUGUCAAUUUAUUUCAUGAUACAAUGUGUGAUUAACCAUGAUACAAUCAGAGAGCACAUUCAUUGGGAUCUUUGGGGCAGCUUUAAAACCUGACUAUGAUUGGUUCUAUAAAGUAUUUAGAAAAUAGUUUAUUCAAAUGUGACCUGUGGCUCCUUACCCAUAUGUCAUGUCUCUUUGAAUUUCCGACUCUAUCCACUGUCCUGUCUCUACAAUAAAGGCAAAACAAAUCCCAAAAUAGAAUCUUAAAAUAGUUAAAUAAAAAUAAAUAAACCUGGAUCAUGACAAAAAGGGAUAUUGUUAAUCACAUACAGUUUGUGUUGUACCAAAAUACAGCCUGUUUUGAGGUUUAGCCUUAAUUUCUUGGUUAAAAUCAAAAAGAAAGCAAAUACUAGUGUAGCAUCUUUAAAUCACAGUCAACAUAAUCUUCACCAUUUAGUCACUUCUGAACCUGAGUAUAAAAUUCAACAAUUAAGACAUGUAUCUUUAACCCAGUUUAGGCCUAAAUGUUUUGGAAUAAAUAAUAUUAAUACCAAUAAUAUCAAAUGUUCUCGUAACAGUAAAAAACAUUAUCCUUCCUAUCUUUUUGAAUCCAUGUUAUUUUUCACACUUCCACAUUAUGCCCAAAGGUGUCCUGCUGAGUUUCGACCACUAGGGGCAUAUUAUGUUGUGAAUCCAUGGGUGACUUUAAGCAUAUUUCUGCUGAGAAGUAACUUUUUUGGCAGCAGUGUGUAAGUAGAAAUGUGCCUCUAAAGAAAGCUUAAGAAGUUCAGGACUAUAAAAGCAAUGCAUGCCUUCCAUUGCUCCUUAAUUUUUUUGCAAACUUCACAAAGAAAGAGCUCUGAAUACUGAAUUAGAGUAAGUCCACAACACACGCUGAUCUUUGUGAUCUUUUGGGGAGAUGAUCAGUAGUUUAUUUUUGAAGAGUUUGAUCUUAACAGAGGUUAAAGUGUCUCAAAGAUCCCAAUGAGUGAUGCCUGGUCAACCACUGCAAUACAAGGUACAUCUGUUAAUCAAAGACUUUCUAUCUAUAUGUGUAUCUGAGCUUCAUACUGUAUGUUCAAUGUAAGGUGCAAUAAAAACCAUAACAAACUA